AUGCUGGACAUCUGGAGCACAUCCGGGAAUAAAGUCACCUCCAUACCAGUUGAGGGACUGACAGAUGUGCGUGAACUGAAGACAAAGCUGAAGCAGGCAUGUGGUGUGACGCGAUUUAGGCAGAGGCUCCUGCACGAACAACAGACCCUGGAGGAUGAAUUCAAUCUUGACGCGCUUGAACCGCCGUUUGAUCUUCAGCUGGUGGUGCUACCCUUCUCCGAUGUGUCUGACGAUGAGGCAAUUGAGCUGCGUGAAGCAGCUUCUAAUGGCAGUCUUGGCCGUGUUGAAGAGAUUUUGCAACGGCCGCAGCAUCCGGACAGCUUCAUGGCGAAUCGCGACUUCAUGAUUAAUCUCGGUCGGUUUCAGGACAGACGUGUACGCAAGCUGGCCAAACAGACACCAUUGUUUUGGGCAUUCUACAGAAAGCACACUGAGAUUGCAUGCCGACUGCUAGAAGCUGAAGCAGAUGUGCACAAGGUCUGCAAAGAACCCGUGACCCUGCUUUACUGGGCAUGUUACAAUGGCGAAGUUGAAACCGCAGAGCUGUUAUUGAAGGCUGGCAUAACUCUCAGCGAUGCAGAUGACGGCACUUUCUUGACAUUGGCAUCACACGAGGGCCAAGCGAGCAUUGCAGGAAUGUUGUUGGAGGCUGGAGCUGGCAUCAAUAAGGCUGCGCAGCCCAGCUCGACCAAUCGUGCCUUGAAGCAUGACACUAGAAAAGCGAUUAAGGGAAUGACCCCUCUGGCAAUAGCGUGUGACAAGGCUCACGUUGAGAUCGUGGACCUGCUGUUGUUUGCCAAAGCCGAUGCCAACCAGGCUUCAGCAGGAGGAACACCUCUUGGUUUGUCAGCAAGCAAAGGAUGCAUCGAGAUUGUGCACUUGUUGCUACAAUAUGGGGCCGAUGCAUCUACCAGAGCUGAUAUGGACUCAAACGCGGUCAGUUUUGCCGAUUGCGAUGUCUCGACGUGCCACGCAACACCACUCGCCCUGGCAUCUACUCGUGGCCAUGCCGACAUUGCACAGCUGUUGUUGCAGGCCGGCGCUGAUCCGGCCAAUGAUGGAGAACCACUCACAGGGGCAUCAGGCAACGGGCAUAUGGAAGUGGUGAGAUUGCUGCUGGAGGCUCGUGCCAGUGUGAAUCCGUCUGGCAAACACGGUGAUGCACCCCUGGGCGCGGCUGCUCGCGGUGGACACUGGCAAAUCGUCAGAGUUUUGAUGGAAGCAGGGGCCGACACCGACAAGGCCGCAGGCCAUGACACGCCUCUAGGCCUCGCUUGUGGCUGCGGCCAUCUUGAAAUCGCGAGGCUCUUGUUGCGGGCGCAUGCAGACAAGGACAAGGUUGAACCCAAUGGCAUCACACCUUUGGCCAUGGCAGCACGUGGAGGCUCCAUUGACACUGCACUCUUGUUGCUGGAAGCUGGUGCCGACAAGGAGAAAGUGGGAAGAGUACAAGGUUUCACGCCUUUGUGGUUGGCAUCACGCGAAGGCCAUGUGGAGAUCGUGCAGUUGCUGUUGGAUGCUAGGGCAAGUACGGAAAGGGUCUGCGGACCACAAAAUGCCACACCUCUCUGGGUAGCAUGCCGGGAACGGCACGAGUCUAUUCAGGUGCUUCUCAGGUCAGCUUCCGCCAGUGCAAGUAAUCUUAAUGAGGCUAUGCUCAAUCACAGCAUGCCCAUGCUUGCUGCGACACUAUCGAGUGUCUGCACGAAGCGACCGCGCUAUUCCUAG